ACCAACAACCACCAACCCGCAACAACCCCACCCACAACAACCAAACCCACAACAACCCCACCCACAGCAACCCAACCCACAACAACCCAACUCACCACCAAACACCCAACAACCCAACCUACCACCAAACACCCCACAACCACCAGACCUCCAACCAAACACCCCACA